AUGGUUGACUCUGAAGUACACACGUCAAGCGCACCGAUUUCAAAUCCAGUCCAGGAGAUAGUCCUGGAUGACGACGAUGAAGAGAUGGACACUUCAGAAGCUGUAAAUGGGGAUUCCACUCCUCAGAAUGGUGUCAACCAGUCUAAUGGCACUUCAGAGUUACCUUCAGGUAAAGAGAACGGCCACGCUGAGAACGGUGCUUCUAAAGAUGUAGAUUGCAUCGAGUUGGACGAUGAAGAUGAUGAAGUUGCGCCCAAGAAGCCUAAGCUGGACGAAUCUAAAGUAAGUUGGUAUAACCAGUUCAAUGUAUGUCUUUAGGAAGCGAAGAAGGAAGCUGAAUUGACCAACUACACAGCUUUGCUAGACAAGCUGGAGAUCUACAUCCGAGAAGCCUUUGAGAAGAAGGAUCACGUCGAUCGAAAGCUUCUUGACGCUCUUUUAGCAGCCAUCAACAUUCAAGUACAAAAAGAGCCUUAUUCGGUCAGAAAGUUGAUAUUAGACAAGCAGUUGGUGUUGCCCAACACGAUCUCAUUCCCUCCGUCACAGAUUGUGGACAUGGUCAUCGAGCACGAUGCAGAGUCUCAGCUGUCGCGUGUGAUUUCCAAGCUUUUUGGAGAAGAAAAGAUUAAGUUCACAGAGACUGAGAAGCGAGAACGACAAACUCUCAAAACCAGUUACUCUGCCCCAUCUAUGACCAAGAUGCUGCUGGACAUUGGUCAAGACUUGGUUCAAGAAUCAACUUAUUCGGAUAUUGUUCAUGCUAGAAACUUACCCGAAGUACCCAAGAAUGUGGACACUUACAAACAGGUAUGUUUUAAUAUUGGGGAUGUAUUUAGGUGUUGUUAGUAGUUAAUGACAAUGAUUUACAUGGUUAGAGACAUAUUAUGACAAGUAUUGUAAUUCUAGGUCGCUGCACAACUGAAGCCAGUAUGGGAAAGUCUCCGAGACAAGAAUAAAGCCUUCAAACUAAAACAAUAUUUGUGUUCAGCUUGUGACUUCAAGACGGACUCCAUGAUUGUAAUGUCUAACCAUAAGCAAACCCUACAUGUCAGAGACAAUAAGCGUAUCUACUGUGGUAUGUGUCCAGAAUACAACACUAACGGCAGCCGAAUGGAAAGGCACAUGGUCGAAGUUCACGCAGUGAAGCCGUUGAUGCCAGAAGAGCCUCCAUCUAAGAUUCAGUGUCCGAUUUGUGAAGAAAACUUCCAAUUCAAGGGUCAACGGGACGGACAUCUGAAGUCAUGUAAGCGUGACUACGCCAAACUCAACAAGACCCAAGGAUCUCACCCGAUCGAGAGUAUAUCUACGAUAAACAGAUGGCUCUGGCCCAAGCCUCAGUCCGAUCCAUCAAUCACGGCUCAGCAACAUGACAUUCAGAAGCAACAAAUGGUAAGCGUAACCUCUGUUGUAAAUAUUAUAUUACUCUUGAAGCUGCUUGUAUAUAUGUGUAUUUUAAAAUUAAUUUUUAGAUCAAACAGCAACAACAACAACGUUAUGCUGCUGCCGCUGCUGUACGACAGGCUCAAGCAGCUGCUGCGGCCGCUGCGACAGCCAGUCAAAAACCAACGGCCGCUCAAAUCUUAGCCGGGCAACAAUUGGCUACACAAAUUAAGGGAUUGGGACCACAUCAGCAACAACAACUCACACAGAUACUUAAGGACAACAAGGCCAGCUUACCACCAGCCGUGUUGCAAGCUGUUCAAGCCCAGCUUCAAAAGAUUCAAGCUCAGCAACAACAAAGCGUGGCCAAUAUUCCUGGCUUCUCGACUUUGACUACUCAGCAACUCCAGCAACUGCAAAGGACGUUGGCGCAACAACGACGAAAUGGACCUUCUUCUUCAGCUGCUGGACCCAAAACUCCGCAACAACGGAAGACGACGCCAUCGACCGCAAGAAGCAGUGGUACACCUAAAGUGGAGGAACAUAUCUGUGAGAUCUGUGACGACAAGUUCAAGUCGCGGGCAGAAUACUUGAACCACUUGAAGGUGAACCACAACACGUUUAAGAACCGUAGCACGGUGGAUCUGGAUUCUGGUCCACCAUUGGCCUGCUCCAGAUGUCGCGACCGUUUCUGGUCGUACGAAGGUCUGGAAAGACAUUUGGUAAUGACACACAGCUUGGUGACUUCAGAUCUCCUUCUCAAAGCCCAAAACAAGUCAGACAACGGGAGGUGCAAACAUUGCCUUAAAGUGAGUUAUAUUUGAUUAUGUUAUCUAUGUUUGUAAGUAGAUGUCACAGUUUGGUCUAACAAUAUUCAGGAGAUCCAUUUUUGGAUUACUAUAUUAAGAUUGGUCGGAAAUUAAAUGAUAUCUUUCAGACAUUCGCUUUCAACAUUCUGCAACACUUGGCCACGGAUCACGGUGCCAAACUGUGCUCGGCCGAGAUCAUGUUCUCUUGCGACGUGUGUCCGUUCCGUUGUAGCAGCUACCAGAACCUGGAAACGCAUCUGAACCAAGAGCAUCCGAAGAACGGAAAAGCCCGGUAA